CCUCUUUACACCUCCCAUUUCCAAUAUUCUAUCUCACUCUCUCUCUCUCUCUCUCUCUCUCUCUCUCUCUCUCUAUCUCCCCCACUCUCAAAUCCUCUUUCUUUUCCCAUUUCCCUCUCAUCAUCUCUCUUCCUUAAAUUGCCCAAUCACAUUAUCCCUCUCUAGAUCUCCUGUAGUUUUGGGGUAGUUUUGAAGGAGAGACAGUGUUGUCAGAGUUCACAAACUAAAUUCUCUCCUCUUUGUCCUGGUAGUUUGUGAGCAAACUGGACCCCUUUGUGUCAGAAGAAAAUCUCUUAUCUUGUUCAUUUGUCUUUCCUCCUAAAAGUUCACCUCUAGCUUUCUAAUUUCAAGUACCCCCAAGCCCAACUGAACUCUUCCAUCAAACCCUAAUUUUGUUUCCCCUACAAACAUAUAUAUAUAUAGAAUCCCAUGAAUUCUCCCAACCCUAAUUCACUGAAGUAUAGGUUCACCAAAGGCUUGCUCAAAGCCCUAGCAAGAAUAAACAAGCAUCAACCCAGAUCAUCAUCAUCUUCUUCAAGAGAGAUCCAGCGACGAUAUAGGAGAAUUAAGACUGCUGCAUAUGCAUCCAUGGCUUGUGCUGUAGGGACAAGAAGAGCUUGGAGCCGGGAGUUGCUUUGGAAGAUCCGAAACCAAGCACGAAAUGGAGGAGUUUUGAGGAGAAUUGGUAGUACUAGUAGUACUAGUGCUCACCACCCCAUGAAGAAAAGAUCUCAGAAGAAGCCGGUUGAGGCGGGUUUAGGGCGAGUUGAUGAGCUGCGGAAGGUUGUACCUGGAGGUGAAGGCAUGGAUACUUGGAGCUUGUUGGAGGAGACAGCCCAUUACAUGAAGUGCCUUACCACACAGGUAAAGGUGAUGAGGACAAUUGUGGCAAUUUACUCUACUACUUGAGUGUUGACCCUAAAUCCCUUACAGGAACACACAAAAAAUACAAAAAAAGAGAUGUAUAAUUAUUAUGUACUUGAUCUGGAUAUGGUAAAAUAAAAUAAAAGUGAAAGAGGAUAUACAAGGAGGAUAUAUAUAUAUAUAUAUAUAUAUAGGUAUGAAGAACUACUCGUAUUUGUAAAAUUGGGGAGAUUUAGUGAUGUUAAUUAUUACUUCUGUUCUUAUAUUUUUGUGUAUGUGUGUGUAUAUAUAUAUAUAUUCCAAUCGUCUUGUAGUUAUCUUAA